AUGGCAGCUCUAGACCUUUCAAUAUUGACCAAAAAGACACUUGCUGUCUCUCGCGGCUUCAUCUACACCUACUACACCUCGCCCGCUCACAACUCCAAGCCCACUCUCCUCCUCUUUCACGGCUGGCCUGAUACGGCGCGCCUCUGGGCCGGUCUCACGAACAAUUACCUCAUCCCGCAUGGCUACGGCGUCGUGGCCCUAGAUAACCUCGGCUUCGGCGAUACGUCAAAGCCCACCGAUCCAGAAGACUACGCAUGGCACCGUCUCGCAGCGGACGCCAUCGAAAUUCUCGACGCCGAGGGCUUGAUCAAAGUCAUCUCACUCGGCCACGACUGGGGCUGCCUCAUCGUCCAGCGGUUAUACAACUUUCACCCCGAUCGCAUCUGCGGUCUCAUCACGUUGAGCGUCCCGUACAUGCCGCCCACCGGCCACUUUGAUCUCGAAACGGUCAAUGAAAUGACGAGAAAUGCAUUCGGCUUCGGCAUCUUUGAGUACUGGCACUUUUUCCUCGCCGAGGACUCGGUAGACAUCAUGAACACAAACCUCGAGUCCGUGUAUAGCGUCACAUUCGGCGACCCGCACACCUGGCUCGAGAACUGGUGCACGCCCGGCAAGAUGCGCGAGUUCAUUACCCGAGGCCGCACGCAGCCGACGCUACCGUUCGCUACACCGGAGCACAGGGCCGACUUUAUGGAGCGUUACGGCAACGAUGGUGGGUUUGCUGCGCCAAGAUGUGUUUACGUUGUGACCAGGUCCGGGAUCUCAGCCAGGUCGGAGAGGAUGCUGGACGAGGAGGUGAAGACGGUUCGGGUGCCGGUGCUGUACUGGGGCGGGGAGCAGGACUACGUGUGCAGGCCUGAACUGCUUCAGCAGAGCAUCGCUGCUGGCGUGCUGCCUGAUGUCAAGAGUGUCACGAGAGAAGGCGGACAUUGGGCUUUUCUUGAGAAGCCGGUUGUAUUUGGAGAGGAUGUGAUGGGAUGGUUGCAAGAGACAUUUGACAGUUGCUCUUGA